CUUUUUGCAAAAUAAGCCACAAACAGAAGAAGAAACAUGUCUACUCUAAAAAGCACCAAUCUAUAAUAAUGAGAAUUCUUCAAAAGUUUUCAGAAAAGGUGAAAUCUGCUAAGACUACAUUAGACAGUCCAGAUCUACACGAGACUGGUUUUGAGAUUGGAGCAAAGUUUUGGUGUUAUUUCUGUGUGGAUGAAUUCGACAAGCAUCUUCAGUUAGAUACGUGUAUAGUGAAAUUUGGAGGAUUGUUGGAACACAUUACACUAGAUACCCACAGAACAGCUGUUUAUAUGUUUUUACGGCAACAUAGAUUAGAUGAGGAGAAGCAACAAGCUGCACAGUUCUUACUGUCACAAGAUGCUUUGAUAAAAUUUAAAGAAGCUACAGUUUUGAAGUUAAGAAAGUAUGAAGAAAGGAAAAGAAAUACUCUUAAAAUGGAAUCUAAACACAUAGAAGAAGAAGAAACCAGAAGAAGAAUGAUGUGCCAUGAAUUCAUGUCUGAGCCACAGUUAGAAAGAAACAAUAAAACAAGCUCUAGAAGUAAUGAACCUAGAAGUGUUCCGAAUGUCCAGAGGAAGGCAACUUUAUCAGCACAUGGUGAAGGGCUGACAUUUAUUGGAACUCAAAAAUUAGGGCCAGUUGAAGACAAUGUUCAUACAGAUGCUCUACCACCAUGGCUUCAAGGAGAGGGAGACACACAUGACAGAAGUGAAAUUGGUCCUACCAUAGAGGAUUAUAAAAAACAUUUAGAAAAAGAGAAAUCCAGAAAAUUACCAGCCGGUAGAGUAGGUGCCAAGUUUGACCGAUCUGGUUCCUUGUCAUCACAGUGGUUACCAUCCUUUGGGAGAGUAUGGAAUACAGGGAGGAGACAGCAAUCAGAGAUCUUCUUCAGGAAAGAAUUAGGCAUGUCAAACACAACAGCUGAUGUACACAACAAGUAUGAUGUUAGCGAGGAGAAAACUAGUAAUAAAACUCAAGUGUCAGUUAACAUUAGACCAUAUGUAAAGAAGAAACGAGUUUGUGAAACAGUCACAAACAAUGAAAUGGAGAGACAGCCGAAUUCUGAAUUACAACCUUAUCAACACUCUUAUCAAAAUACAAGCAAUGGAAUUGAGAGACUGUCAAACUCUGAUCUACAAAAUCAUCACCAUUCUUACCAGGCUACCAGAACACAUAUCCAACCAUACAUAAGGAAAAAUAUGAUAUCUGACAGGACUAUGAACAAUUUACCUAACAAUAAUUGUAAUAUGCCAAACAUACAUAACUUUCAAAGUUUGGGACAGGUUUAUAAUACUGUGGGUCACCCUGGUCAAGGUGCACCUUGGUAUGGAAGAAAUAAUGAACAACAAUAUUACAACUUUCAAGAACAGAAUAGAACUGAUAUACCAAAUAACUACAACGCAAUGAGUAGUUGUAUUCCGCCUUCAAGUACUGCAUCAAUGCCAUAUACUUAGUGAAAAACAUGUCUACAUUUUAUAAACAUAGUAUAUUGAAUUAUGCUGUAUUUGUUUACAGAAUUGAAAUCACAGGAAAUAAAACAUCUGUUCUCACUUUA